UUUUUGUUGCAGAAAAGCAUUAAGGACAAACUCGCAACCUUGGCACGGGAAAAGCAGAAUAUAAAAGAAGAGAUUGAUCGCAGCAGUCCUGAACUUCUUAAGUUAAAGCAAGCUGUAGAUAAGCGGAGCAAGGAAAUCAAUAAGCUUGAGAAGAGGAUAAAUGAAAUUGUUGACAGAAUCUACAAAGAUUUUAGUAAAUCUGUUGGGGUGGCAAACAUCCGUGAGUAUGAGGAAAAUCAACUCAAGGCUUCCCAAUAUAUGGCAGAAGAGAGGCUUAGUUUGAGUAGCCAGCUGUCAAAGUUGAAAUACCAGUUAGAGUAUGAGCAAAACCGGGACAUGGAAUCACGAAUUAAUGAACUCCAAGAUUCUAUUAGUAAAUUUAAAAAAGCUUUAGAACGGGUUCAGAAGGAAGAGGCUGCAGCCAAGUCAGCAGCAGAAAAAGCUUCUGGUGAGAUCGAUCGGUGGAAGGAAGAAAUACAAGAAUGGAAAUCCAAGUCAGAAGGGUGUGAGAAGGAAAUCCAAGAAUGGAACAAGCGGGGUUCUACAGCUACAACAAGUUUAUCCAAACUUAAUCGACAGAUACACACUAAGGAGUCACAGAUUGAGCAGCUGAUGUCACAGAAGCAGGAAAUAGUAGAGAAAUGUGAAUUAGAACAUAUAAACCUUCCCAUCAUCUCAGACCCAAUGGAGAUUGAUUCCUCCUUAAUGGGCCCAGUUUUCGAUUUUAGUCAGUUAAACAAGUCUCACAUGCGGGACAGAAGGCCUUCUGAACGGGAGAAGCUUGAGGUGGAAUUUAAGCAAAAAAUGGAUGCCGUAAUUUCAGAAAUUGAAAAAACAGCUCCAAAUUUGAAGGCCCUGGACCAAUAUGAGGCAAUAAAAGAAAAGGAAAGAGCUGUAACUGAAGAGUUUGAAGUGGCUAGAAUAGAAGAGAAGGAAAAAGCUGAUAUGUUUAACUCAGUUAAGCAGAAGAGGUACGAGUUGUUUAUGGAUGCCUUCCAACAUAUUUCCAGUAACAUUGAUAAAAUAUACAAACAACUGACGAAGAGCAACACACAUCCACUGGGUGGGACGGCAUAUUUAAAUUUGGAAAAUGAAGAUGAUCCGUUUUUACAUGGCAUUAAGUACACUGCUAUGCCCCCAACGAAGCGCUUCCGUGAUAUGGAACAACUAUCUGGCGGCGAGAAAACUGUUGCAGCAUUGGCUUUACUCUUUUCCAUACACAGUUUUAGGCCUUCACCGUUUUUCAUACUGGACGAAGUCGAUGCUGCACUAGAUAACUUGAAUGUUGCUAAGGUUGCUGGAUUCAUCCGUUCAAAGGCACGUGAAGGAGCCAGGGCUAACCAAGAUGAUGAGGGAGGCAGUGGUUUCCAGAGCAUUGUAAUAUCUCUAAAAGAUAGCUUCUACGACAAGGCUGAUGCUUUAGUUGGGGUUUACAGGGACUGCGAAAGGAGCUGUUCGGAAACUCUGACAUUUGACCUGACCAAGUAUCGGGAGUCGUGAUACAGCUACCACAGGCUUCAGCUAGAUAACCAUGCUUAUGAUGUAGAUACGGAUUGUUUCGCUCACAUUUCACGGAAUUGCUGUGCAUAAAGGUUGUAAGAUUUGUGUAGCUGUUGGAUUGUUCUUUUAUAAUUAGGCAUGAAAUUCAGCAAAUAGAUCUUCUGUGUUAGGCAUGUAAAAUUCACCCCUUUUGGUUCUGUUUGAUUUGGAGACCGAUAAUGUUGUACUUUUUCACAAAGCAAUAAGCUUUACAUUAUUUACUGUUCUUUUACUUUUA